AUGCCUUCCAACGUGACAGUUUUCUACCCCCAGCCCAAAGAGGGCGAGUUCUUCGACAUGGACUACUACAUCAACAAACACAUGCCCAUCGCCAACGAGCUGUGGACGCCUCUGGGCCUCCAGAACUGGCAGGUCCUCCGGUUUGGCCCUGACGCCCCCUACCACGUUGUCGCAAUCUUGAACUGGGAAAACGAGGGCGACGCCGACAGGGCGCUCAAGCACGAAGCAGCAAAGACUGUUAUUGCCGACGUGGUCAACUUCACAAACUUGAAGCCUACCCUGACGCCUGGCGAGAUCACUGGCGCCUGGGAGCGAAAGUAA